ACAUCAUAAGUUUUGACUUUUGCAUUUUUACGUCGCUCAGCUCGCGCUCGGAGCUCAUUUUUCGGAAUUUUUACUAUAGUAAAAAAUAGUAAUUUGGUUCACUAGCUCAUCUUAUCUACAACCAGCAAACUUACUAUUAUGGCGGGUUCAGCACUAAGAAGAUUAAUGGCAGAAUAUAAGCAGCUUACCAUAAACCCACCAGAAGGAAUUAUUGCUGGCCCAAUAAACGAGGAAAACUUUUUUGAAUGGGAAGCACUCAUAACAGGUCCUGAAGGAACCUGUUUUGAAGGUGGCAUAUUUCCAGCAAAAUUAGUGUUUCCUCCUGAUUAUCCACUGAGCCCACCAAAAAUGCAGUUUGUAUGUGAAAUGUUUCAUCCAAAUAUUUACGCUGAUGGCAGAGUUUGUAUAUCAAUCCUCCAUGCACCGGGAGAUGACCCGAUGGGCUACGAGAGCAGUGCCGAGCGAUGGUCACCGGUACAGAGCGUAGAGAAAAUAUUGUUAUCCGUUGUUAGUAUGUUAGCUGAGCCGAACGACGAAAGCGGUGCGAAUGUGGACGCCGCCAAAAUGUGGAGAGAGGAUCGGGAGCAAUUCAAUAGGAUAGCUGAGAGACUGGUCAGGAAAACACUGGGACUCCCGUCUCCUUAGUCUUACGAGAAAUGUAACGCACGCAAACACAGAACAAAUCAACCCAAUCCACGUACAGUUUAUUUAUUUAAUUUUUAUAUUUAUAUUCUCAAAUCUGGACUUAGGCAUCACCCUAAUUUGUUUAAUGUUGUACUGUCCUUAUUUAAAGUUUGGAACACAGUAACGUUGUAAAGGCAAUUGUUGCGGUUGAAAAUUUAUUUGGUAACAAUGUAUUCACAAUGAGAUACAUAAAGUUCCCUUAUAUAACGGGAAUAAACGAGCGUUAACAUUAAAUAUAUUGGCGAUGCCAAGAUUGUUUACCCCAGGACUCGGAGCAGCGCCGUUAUUUUAUACUUGAUACGAUGAUGAAACUUCUAGAUUUUUAAGUUUAUCAAGUUCCAAUUAGAAUUUUGUUUAUUUCUUCUGUGUUUGUCUAAGAAAUUCUUGUUGGUCUAAAAUAAAUUAGACUGAUAGGUCAAGUCAUUUACAACUUGUUCAAGUUAACUCCGCAUCUUUAAGCUCAUGACAACACAGCUUAAGGGGGUGAAAGUUAGGAUGAGUAACAUUAAGCAGACCAAUCAGACAGUCUUGAAAAGAUCAUUUUGCUAAAGCGAUUGUUUUUUAUAAUUUAUAUUAUGGUACAAAUUUUAAUUAAGUUUGGGAUGACUUAUCUAAUAUAGUAGGCCACAAAAAAGAAUUACGUCUUCGUGAGCGAAAAGUAAAUGGAAGGGUGACUAUUUAUUUAUUUUAUCUAAUUAUUAAUAUAUUUUUAUGAAAACGUCGGCAAGAAGCGGAUUUCACUUGAUCAGUUGUAGAUUUAGCAAUAAGCAAUAGGUACAUUUGCAGGUUGGUGUCCUUUCCAUUAAAUGUUUAGUAUGCUUAAUUUGUAAAUGCUGAACAUACGAAACACUGUUGGACAUCGUGGUUUGUUUAAUUAUGCUAUUGCUGGUAAGCCUACACGCCAUUUUUAAAACUGCUUCCACACGAUACGAUUUUCUACCGAUUUGACUAGAUUAAUAAAUUUUGAAUUGAAAUAUAAAAUUGAAGAACUUAAGAUACAAUGUGUUAUCAAUUCAGAUGGUGUGUGGACGCUUGUAUGUUAAUUAAAUUUUUAGUCACCAUUUGAUUGUAUAAAUCCGUUAUUAAUUUAAAUUGAAAUAUAAAUCUUUAAAUUUUAAUUCAAUCAAUUCAUUAUUCUAUACGUUAAGUGUCACAGUUAGAAUAUUUUUAAUCUCAUCUCCUUUCCUAGUUAAAACCAAGUUGUUUUUCCUUUGUGCGUGCGUCAAUUGUAGAUUCACAAUAAAAUUGUACCAUGUGGAAGACGUUUUAAUCCACGUCAAAAUAAGAUAGUCUUGUAUUCGUCGGAUUACGGAUAGAAGGUAAUUGGGUUUAUUUGUUAAAAUAUAUUAAUGUAAAUCUGGUAUAAACAUGGAACCCUUCAAAUACUAAUGACAGCUGACUACGAUUUUUUAAUAUUUGAUGAUUUUUUUGAAUGAAACGGAGGAAUGAGGAUUGAGAAUCAGAUAUGUAAUGAGAUUUGAGGUUGGUAAAUUGUUUUUUUUUUAUAUAAAUCAUUUUACAAAUUGCUUGACUUACUAAAUGAUCUCAAUCAGGACUCUUAUCAAUAUUAACCAUUAACCACUGAUUUGAAUUAUAAACACUUUAUGUGCAAUACGAAAAAGAGUGAACCAAGAAGCACAUUAUAACAAGAUAUAUUGAUAAAUAUACAUUUUACUUAUAUGUAUAAUAUAGCUAAAAUUCCUUUGCAAUCUAUAUUUUUUCCGCACUGUAGCGACGAAACGCGAAAUGUGUUUACCUAUAGGGCUAUGAUGGUAUUUAAUCAAAAGAGAAUUAAUGUAACGGAUAUUUUAAAUAUAAUAUUAUUGGGAAUCCAACCCAAGCCAGAAUAAAAUAAAUAUAUCAAUCGA